AUGAAAAUACACUUCCUUGUUCAUAUUUUUAUUUUCAUAAAUUUGGGUUUAGUUAUUUCUGAUGAGCUCACAUUCGAUAUCCAAAGGGCUAUGGAUUUUUUAUUCUACUAGAAGGUCUCUUACUGUCCAUCCUAAUCUAUUGAACAAUGGAACUGUGGUACUAUUUGUAAAUUUCAUGAUGAUAUGAAAGAUGUAAGAGUUUUAACUAAUACCACUAAUGCUGCUUAAGGUUAUAUUGGAUAUCACAAUAAUUACAUCGUCAUCGCAUUCAGAGGGACAUAAUUAAAUAAAAACUGGCUAAAUAACUUCGAUUUUAUCAAAGUUGAUUAUCCUAAAUGUUAAAAGUGUACUAUACAUAGAGGCUUUUUUAGAACCUUUACUGAUUUGAGUGAUCAAUUGUUUAAAAAUCUUUAAGAGAUGUUAAUCAAAUAUCCUAAUUCUUAAAUAAUAAUUACAGGUCAUUCAUUAGGAGGGGCCGUUGCUACAAUAGCAGCUGUCGAAAUUUAAGAUUACUUAUUACAAUAAAAUAAAAAUGAUCUCAUAUCUGAGUUUUAUACCUUUGGAUAACCCAGAGUUGGAAACUAAGAAUUUGUUGAUUAUUUUAAUUCAAUUUUUCCUUUUGCUUUGAGAAUAGUUAAUAAUAAAGAUAUAGUUGUGCGUCUUCCUAUGAGAAUCUUUGGAUAUUCCCAUAUAGGUACUGAAAUUUGGUUUGAUUAAGAAAAUAACUAUACUAUUUGCUCAUUCUAAAGUGAAGAUCCAAAUUGCUCUGUAAAAUUCAAUACAGGAAGUACUUCUGAUCAUGUAAAGUACCUAGAUAAUAGUACUAGUUGUACUGAAUUUGAUAUGCAGUAAAAUCCAUAGUGCUAUAUUAAUGGAGAAAACAUAUGUCCUCAUUUAUCUGAUAAUUAAGUCAUAGAAAAAAUGCUUCUAAAAUAAGAAAUACCAAUCUAUGACUCUCCACAAAUUUAAACAAGCAUUUAAUGA